CUUACUCACUUUUGUAACGGUAUUGCGUCCGUACGGGAGUGUCCAAAAAAGUCGGGCGCUUGGUCGAAUGAGAAUGAUAAGCCAGUUGUCUCAUUACUGGAUAAUGUAGGUCGGCUAAGCUGUUUGUUUUGGUUUAUUGUUAGAAAACCAUAGUGGAUUAAUGAGUGCGAACUAGUAAGAUUCCAGUGCUCUGUGAAAUUUUGAGUACUGGAGUUUUGAAGUACUGUGACAGGAGCAAAUUGUAAACAUUUGACUUGUGCUGUGGUUAAGUGGGUUUCCCGUUUGUUGUGUCACCAUGGCUGAGGCUGCAGCUGCAACUACCAACAAUCCGAAUGCGGAAAUUGUUCGCGGGCAGGUGUUUGAAGUUGGCCCUAGAUAUAAAAAUCUGCAAUAUAUCGGCGAGGGUGCUUACGGCAUGGUUGUAUCCGCCUACGAUACCGUGAAACAGUCGAGAGUGGCCAUCAAGAAAAUAUCACCGUUCGAACACCAGACCUACUGCCAGCGGACACUCAGAGAAAUCAAAAUCCUCACCAGGUUUAAGCACGAAAACAUAAUCGACAUUCGGGAUAUUUUAAGAGCAGAAACAAUUGAGCAGAUGAAGGACGUCUACAUCGUGCAGUGUCUAAUGGAAACGGACUUAUACAAAUUAUUAAAAACACAGAAACUAAGCAACGACCACAUCUGCUACUUCCUGUACCAAAUCCUGCGAGGGCUCAAAUACAUACACUCGGCGAACGUGCUCCACAGGGACCUCAAGCCUUCCAACCUGUUGUUAAACACCACGUGCGAUCUGAAGAUAUGCGACUUCGGUCUGGCGCGAGUGGCGGACCCCGACCACGAUCACACGGGCUUCCUUACCGAGUACGUGGCGACGCGUUGGUACCGCGCGCCAGAGAUCAUGCUCAACUCUAAGGGCUACACGAAGUCAAUAGACAUAUGGUCGGUGGGGUGUAUCCUGGCGGAGAUGCUGUCGAACCGGCCGAUCUUCCCCGGGAAACAUUAUCUGGACCAAUUGAAUCAUAUCCUGGGAGUGCUCGGUUCGCCCAGUCAAGAGGAUCUGGACUGCAUUAUUAAUGAGAAGGCGCGGGGCUACCUCGAGUCGUUGCCGUACAAACCGCGUGUGCCCUGGGUCCAGUUGUUCCCGAACGCGGAGCCGCGGGCGUUGGACCUGUUGGACAAGAUGCUGACGUUCAACCCGCACAAGCGGAUCACGGUGGAAGAUGCCCUUGCACACCCGUACCUUGAGCAGUACUACGAUCCGCAUGAUGAGCCCGUAGCUGAAGAGCCGUUCAGGUUCACGAUGGAGCUGGACGAUCUACCAAAGGAAACCCUCAAGAGCCUCAUCUUCGAAGAGACCCUGCUAUUCUACCAGACGAUGAACUCGUAAGCUGCCCGCCCGAAGCGGGCACAUGCAAGCUACCACCACGAUUUUAUUGGCAAACGUCGCAAAUACGUAUAAUUCAUUGACGGAAAACAACAGCUAGACUCACAAUCGCCUAUUGAAAGGUCGUCAAUAAAUGUUUACGUAGUGCAUUCAUUGAAAUCAACACCUUAUUUCGUUGCAAUAAUGUUCAAAGUCUAUUAGUAUCGCUCUUUAAAAACUCUGCCUAUUACACGCGUAGGCAGAGUUUUGCUUCUAUCAAUUUUUGGGCGUGAUUGUGAGUCUAGUUUUUGUUGUACGUCGAAGGUAUAAUACAAUGACGCGUUCGGGCUUAGUGUUGUUGUAGCUGCAUUUGUCGAUAUCUUCGUCUUAUCAGUCGAUAAUCGUGUUCGAUUAUUCAAUAUUUCGUGUGUCCACUCGCGUGGCGUUGCGUCGUUCUAGCUUGCAUGCAAACAUUGUCUUCGACGUUUUUGUUACUGCAUGCCUAUUAUUCCGAUUUCUAGUUCUAUAGAUGGUGACAUCAUGUGUGAGAUUAAUGCAAUAAGUUGAAUAAUCUGGUGAUGUAUGAUAUACGGAUGCUGUAUGACAAGGUUGUUUUGGCGCCAAUACGAAGCGGAAGGAACGUCGCCAUAUUGUUAUGUCACUUUAUUGACAGCCAGUGUUACUGUUUUGGCAGUAAUAUAUAGCUUCUCUUUAUUGCACCAAGGACGUUUAUAUUGUAGUUUAAUAUUAUAGAAAAGUGCAUUAUUUUUAAACGUGACACUGGCAGAUUUGUAACUGUAUUGCCAACGUCAUAAUAUGUUUUGUUUCCAAUUAAAUAAUGAUGAUAUAUUUGAAAAUCUAUCAAAAAAAAAUCUGUGAGAUUUUUCAUUAGUGAAAAAUGUGUCUCUUAUCUCACUGAUGAAAUUCUUAUUCCUUUUGUAAGUUAUGAUGAAGAUUGUAUGCAUUCGCCAAAAUAACCUUGUCAUAUAAUGGCAGUUGAGAUGCCUCGGUAUCCCCAUCACAUUCGAGAGAACCGCCGAUGUCGGCUUACACGUAUUAUUUAGUAUUGCAACUCCAAAUGGGGCUGUUUAUAAAUUAUGAUUUUAUAUAUUUACAUCAUUCAUCAUUAGAUAUCCAAUUUGAUUUGACUAGUUACGAUUAUUUAAUAUAAAUUCAUUAUUUUUAGGUUCCACAUAAUAUUUAAGCAUAAAUGAUAUCAGAUCAUUGUCGAAUUUUCAAUCACCAAUCUUUAUUAGUUUCUUAACGAAAUAGAAAAUUGACUGAAAUAUCAUUCAGUUUUAACGUAGGUAUUAUUAAAGUGUAGAAGAAAUAUAGAUAGGAAUUUUUCUGAAAUUUAUCAAAGUUAAUACCUAGUCGUACGUUAGCGAUACGAGUGACGAAGUGCGUUUUGCAGUAUUACACCGGGACGGGAUGGAAAUGUAUUGGAAUGUAUCGGGGUUAUAUACGAUUCAUGAAAUGGAGAAUUUCUAGGAAAUGUGAGACUCGGAUCAACGGAGAUCUGUAUUGGAGCAACGAGACGAGAAAUGGAAAGUUGUAAAUAGGUAUAUUAUAUAUAUUUUUCAUUUCGAACUAUUGUCUUUCAAAGUGUCACUAUAACGUUUGAUGCACUAGUUCACGGAUUGUAAUGACGGUUCGGGAGGUUAAGUGUUCGUUAAAAAACUUGUAUAGCAAACUCGUCUUCCCCGCCGCGUACGUUUGCGCACAAUAUGAAUUUAGACUAAUCGAUUCAUAUCAAUUUUAAUUGUACAUUUUAUGAUGCGUCGUCUUACUAUACCGAUGUGCGGUCGUCACAAGUUUUUCAACGAACGACUUUGUCGGCGGCGGGUACAGUGGGCGUGAUUCGUCAAAAUAUACCUUAUUUACUCAGACACAUGUGCCAAUUUUGCAAUAACCGAGUUGAAAAUUACCUCGAAAAUAUUUGUUCAAAGUGCACGCUUGUCGCAGACAGUAGAAGUAAUAUUAGAUUUGUAUUUCGUUGUUAGAGAUUAGAUUGGAAAAUACUCAAAAAUUAUAGAGGAAGACGACGCGAUGCUUAUCUGCGAUCGCCAAAUAUCAGGAAGAGAGAAAAGCAUUUAGCUAAGGGAAAACGUUAUAGAAAUUUCUGUUGACGAAUCACUAUUCGAUUUAUCGGGAAUUGUACGUAUUGUAAUAUAUCUGUACCCAAUGUGAAAAAGAAACGAUCAGCCUACACGUCGGCCAUUUUGGACAUGGGAAUGUUUACUAAGAUUGAAAGUUGUCUGUUGAAAUUAGGGAGCAUUAGGUAUCGUCGGUUUUAAGAGAUAGUUCUUUGAUAUUGUCAAAUGUUUAACUUUUGUCUUAUGCCCUUCAGGGGAUUAAAUGUUGUGAUUUCGAUUACGAUUCUAGCUUUGUGAAACGUGAGUCUGCGGUCGCAUUUUGAAGCAUUUUAUGCUUAAGUUUUAAAUGAAAAUUAACAAUAGUAUAGUCUUUACUGAUUCAUGGUACAAGAAUUGUCUUUAAUUAAACGUUACGUCGAAAGUGUGACGCGGUUUGUGCGUUGAUUUUUUGCAUUAAUACAUGUGUCGGUGAAGGAAGCCGGUUUACUCAUUCUGUUAUUAAGUGUGUCCUUUUUCAAUGAGAUAUAAUAAUUGACGCCAGUUUUUAAUUUGUUGAUAUUCAUGUUUCAAUAUUGUGCCGUUAUAAAAUGCCGUAAUACUUAUACAAUAAACUUGCUUCAUACAGAUGUAAUAUCAACUGUAUUUUUAGAUAUUAAUCAAUUUUAUUAUCUAUAUAAAAGACAUUUUUUGUGGCAUAAUAGUAGUUGUAUUACAUACUUACAUCUUUAUUGUGGUUGUCAUUCUUGUUCGUCAUUGACUGCUGUCGAGUUUAACUUGUUAAAUAUUUGUAUCGUAAUUUAAAUUAUUUUUAAAAAUAACUACGUUAUAGGAUUAGUGAAAAUAAGAAUUUUUCCCGUUUCAUAGUUACUCUCAAUGCGUGAAUAAUUUACGAACAGUUAAUGACUACAGAUUUCACGUAUUUAUUGUUAAAAUAUGAGUGUUGCCAUAUUUUCUUAAGUCAUUAUGUACAAAUUGGAUAUUGUAAGAUCAUUUGUUAUCUGUCAACAGUUGAAUAUUACGAAAAUAAAAUUUAAACAAAA